GCCUGGCCUUCUGGCCACGGGAGGCAACGAAGAUGAUAAUAAGGCGACAACCUGUUUGUGUUUAUGGUGUUUAUGUUAGUCCUUUUAUCAUGAACAAAUGCUUGAAGCUGCCGCGUCCGGGAUUUUACUCCGAUUGCGUAGAUAAACACCGACGAACCAAAUCACGCCAGCUCUCACGUGAUGAGAUCAGACUUCGGUGGAAAAUGGGCGAAAAUCGAAUGGAAGAUGUCAAUGAAAAGGCAUUUAGGUGGUGUAGGAAAUCGAUUGGUGGCGCCUGGGCUCGAAUAUCAAAAGAAGAGAUAGAUAUAAAACCCAUAAGUGGUGGACUUACAAAUAGACUAUACCUCUGUUGUUUGCCGGAUGGAACAGAAACGGAGGAAAGUGAGCCCUCUCAAGUGCUUAUGAGAAUAUAUGGUGAAAUUGCUCAAAGAAAUGAUUACAUGCUCAGGAACUCGGUGAUAUUUGCUUUGUUUUCUGAAAAGAAGAAAGGACCAAAGCUGUAUGGGAUGUACCCAGAGGGAAGAAUAGAAGAAUACAUUCCUUCUAGAUCACUAAAGCGUAUAGAACUACAUGACACAAAACUUUCACAACAUAUUGCCAAAAAACUUGCGUUCUUUCAUACCCUGGAGAUGCCGCUAACCAAGCAGCCAAAUUUUCUACGCAAGCAAAUGAAUGAGUGGUUGUCAGAGGUUGAAAAAAUUCUAGAGAGUGCCUCCACAAAAAACCCUUGCCCACUGGUGGGAAGGUUACAAUCAUUUCACCUCAGGAAGGAGCUUCUAGAAUUAUUAUCUAUCAUGGGAAACUGUCACUCCCCAGUGGUAUUCUCACACAAUGAUUUACAAGAGGGUAACAUAUUGUUAAUAGAAGAUGAGCCAGAUGAAGACAAGAGACUAACAGUAAUUGAUUGGGAAUACGGCAGCUAUAAUUACAGAGGAUUUGAUUUUGGCAAUCAUUUUUGUGAAUGGUCAUGUGAUUAUUCAUGUGAAGAAUAUCCAUAUUUCUCGUAUCAUCCCGAGGAUUAUCCCUCUACACAAAGACAGUAUGAGUUUUUCCGUAAUUAUCUAGUGGAGCAAACUAAGAACCUUCCUGUUCCUGUAGAGAUAAAUGAAGACACAUUAAAACAAAUGUACAAAGAAGCCAAUAUUUUUGCCAUGACAUCACAUUUCUUUUGGGCAUUGUGGUCCAUUGUUCAGUUAGAAAUCUCAGACAUUGAGUUUGGAUACUUGGAGUAUGCUGUCACAAGAUUAGAGGGGUACUUUGCAAAGAAGGAAUCCAAUGCAAAGGAAGGCCUCAUCUGAUCCAGAUUGAAUUGAGUCCUUGGAAACCAAAGAUGGAUAUAACUCCUGUGCCAUAGACUGGGCUCAGUUCAGGACCCUCUAUGAGAGUUACAGUCCUUCCAACUACAGUUGUCUUUCUUUUUAUUUUAGUUUUUAAAAUAAGAUAUUUACAUUUUUUUUUAAAAUUUUUUAAUUGUAUUGUAAUCCACUGCCCAAUGUAUAAUUUCAAUGGAAAAUUAUGGAAAGAAUAUUAUAUACAUGCAUUAUGUUUUAUAAUAAAAAUCAACUUGA